AUGUCCUUCGUCGAGUCUUCGCGCGAAAUGUGGCUCGAGGACGGCCACAUCCUCCACGCCCUGUGCCAGGACGACGACGGCAACUGGAACGGCGCCUCCAUCGAUCUGGACAGGUUCAUCGGCAACAGCGACGGCUGGUUCGUCUGGGACGGCGAGAACUUUUCCCACUCGGCGAGCGACAUCUCGCUCGACGGCACCCUGCUGUCGGCCGAGAUGGGCAUGGUUGACGGAGGGAACCGCGAGCGCCAGGGCCUCGACUUGAACGAGCGCAUUGGCAACUCCAACGGCGAGCUGGUGUACAAAGGCUAG